UUUGUAUUCUGGGGCCAGUGACCUCAGGUGGAGCAGCUGCUGGCUGUGGGUCAUCUACCAAGUCCUCUGUACAGCAGCCUAGGUGCUUGGCCAGUGACUGUUCCAGAACAGGUGCAGCUCUACACAUCUGACUCAAGUCCUGGGAUGCUGAAGUUCCAAACAGUUCGAGGGGGCCUGAGGCUCCUGGGUGUCCGCCGCUCCUCCACUGCCCCUGUUGCCUCCCCAAAUGUACGGCGCAUGGAGUACAAGCCCAUUAAGAAAGUCAUGGUGGCCAACAGGGGUGAGAUUGCCAUCCGAGUGUUUCGUGCCUGCACAGAACUGGGCAUCCGCACAGUGGCCGUCUACUCGGAGCAGGACACAGGCCAGAUGCAUCGGCAGAAAGCUGAUGAAGCCUACCUUAUUGGUCGUGGCCUGGCGCCUGUGCAGGCCUAUCUGCACAUCCCAGAUAUCAUCAAAGUGGCCAAGGAGAAUGGUGUUGAUGCUGUGCACCCAGGCUACGGGUUCCUCUCAGAGAGAGCAGACUUUGCUCAAGCUUGCCAGGAUGCUGGAGUCCGGUUCAUUGGGCCAAGUCCAGAGGUAGUCCGCAAGAUGGGAGACAAAGUGGAGGCCCGGGCCAUUGCCAUCGCUGCAGGUGUCCCAGUGGUCCCUGGCACUGAUGCCCCCAUCAACUCAAUGCAUGAGGCUCACGAGUUCUCCAGAACCUAUGGCUUCCCUAUUAUCUUCAAGGCUGCCUAUGGAGGUGGGGGCCGUGGCAUGAGGGUUGUGCACAGCUAUGAGGAGCUGGAGGAGAAUUACACCCGAGCCUACUCUGAGGCCUUGGCAGCCUUUGGGAAUGGGGCACUGUUUGUGGAGAAGUUCAUUGAAAAGCCACGGCACAUCGAGGUGCAGAUCCUAGGGGACCAGUAUGGGAACAUCCUGCACUUGUACGAGCGUGACUGCUCCAUCCAGCGGCGGCAUCAGAAGGUAGUUGAGAUUGCUCCUGCUGCCCAUAUGGACCCCCAGCUUCGCUCACGCCUCACCAGUGACUCUGUCAAACUUGCCAAGCAGGUGAGGACAUGCUCCUGGGGACAUGAGCCCAUUUUUGUAAACUUUCUUGAACCCCUCCUCCCUGCUUCACCUCAUCACCUUCUCAUUUGCAGCGUGGACCUGGUCCAUGCUCAGAUUCACGUGUCUGAGGGCCGGAGCCUGCCUGACCUGGGCCUGCGGCAGGAGAACAUCCGCAUCAAUGGCUGUGCCAUUCAGUGUCGAGUAACCACGGAGGACCCUGCACGCAGCUUCCAGCCCGACACUGGGCGCAUUGAGGUUUUUCGGAGUGGCGAGGGCAUGGGCAUCCGCCUGGACAAUGCCUCUGCCUUCCAGGGGGCUGUCAUAUCACCCCACUAUGACUCUCUGCUUGUCAAAGUCAUCGCCCACGGCAAAGACCACCCCACAGCUGCCACCAAGAUGAGCAGAGCCCUGGCUGAGUUCCGUGUCCGAGGUGUAAAGACCAACAUCCCCUUCCUGCAGAAUGUGCUCAACAACCAGCAGUUCUUAGCAGGCACUGUGGACACCCAGUUCAUUGAUGAGAACCCUGACCUCUUCCAGCUGCGGCCCGCACAGAACCGAGCCCAGAAGCUGCUACAUUACCUCGGACAUGUCAUGGUGAAUGGCCCCAGCACUCCACUCCCUGUCAAGGUCAAUCCCAGCCCUGUGGACCCCGUUGUUCCUACAGUGCCUAUAGGUCCACCCCCAGCUGGCUUCAGAGACAUCCUUCUGCGAGAGGGGCCAGAGGGCUUUGCCCGAGCUGUGCGGAAUCACCAGGGGCUGCUGCUGAUGGACACAACCUUCCGGGAUGCCCACCAGUCACUGCUGGCCACUCGAGUGCGCACACAUGAUCUCAAAAAGAUUGCGCCCUAUGUUGCCCACAGCUUCAACAGGCUCUUCAGCAUGGAGAACUGGGGAGGAGCCACAUUCGAUGUUGCUAUGCGCUUCUUAUAUGAGUGCCCCUGGAGGCGGCUGCAGGAGCUUCGGGAGCGCAUCCCCAACAUCCCAUUCCAGAUGCUCCUGCGGGGGGCCAAUGCCGUGGGCUACACCAAUUACCCUGACAACGUGGUCUUCAAGUUCUGUGAGGUGGCCAAAGAGAAUGGUAUGGACAUCUUCCGAAUCUUUGACUCCCUCAACUACCUGCCAAACAUGCUGCUGGGCAUGGAAGCAGCAGGCAGUGCUGGGGGUGUGGUGGAGGCUGCCAUCUCGUACACCGGUGAUGUGGCUGACCCCAGCCGCACUAAAUACACGCUGGAGUACUACAUGGGCUUAGCUGAAGAACUGGUGCGAGCUGGCACCCACAUCCUGUGCAUUAAGGACAUGGCAGGGCUACUGAAGCCUGCGGCCUGCACCAUGCUGGUCAGCUCCCUCCGGGACCGAUUCCCUGACCUCCCGCUGCACAUCCACACCCAUGACACCUCAGGAGCAGGCGUGGCGGCCAUGCUGGCCUGUGCACAAGCUGGGGCUGAUGUUGUGGAUGUGGCAGUAGACUCCAUGUCUGGAAUGACAUCACAGCCCAGCAUGGGGGCCCUGGUGGCAUGUACCAAGGGGACUCCUCUGGACACAGAGGUACCCCUGGAGCGUGUGUUUGACUACAGCGAGUACUGGGAAGGGGCUCGGGGGCUCUAUGCAGCUUUUGAUUGUACUGCUACCAUGAAGUCUGGCAACUCAGAUGUGUAUGAGAAUGAGAUCCCGGGGGGCCAAUACACCAACCUACACUUCCAGGCCCACAGCAUGGGGCUUGGCUCCAAGUUCAAGGAGGUCAAGAAGGCCUAUGUGGAGGCUAACCAGAUGCUGGGGGACCUCAUCAAGGUGACACCAUCCUCCAAGAUUGUGGGUGACCUGGCCCAAUUCAUGGUGCAGAAUGGGUUAAGCCGGGCAGAGGCUGAAGCUCAGGCAGAAGAGCUGUCCUUCCCCCGCUCUGUGGUGGAAUUCCUGCAGGGCUACAUUGGGAUCCCCCAUGGGGGUUUCCCUGAGCCCUUCCGCUCUAAGGUGCUAAAGAACCUGCCAAGAGUGGAGGGGCGGCCUGGAGCCUCCCUCUCCCCCUUGAACCUGCAGGAGCUAGAGAAGGACCUGAUUGAACGGCAUGGGGAGGAGGUGACCCCAGAGGAUGUUCUCUCUGCAGCCAUGUACCCUGAUGUCUUUGCCCAGUUCAAAGACUUCACGGCCACCUUUGGUCCUCUGGAUAGCCUCAAUACCCGCCUCUUUCUUCAAGGACCCAAAAUUGCAGAGGAGUUUGAGGUGGAACUGGAACGGGGCAAGACACUGCACAUCAAAGCCCUGGCAGUGAGUGAUCUGAACUGGGCUGGCCAGAGGCAGGUUUUCUUUGAACUCAAUGGGCAACUUCGGUCCAUUCUGGUUAAGGACACCCAGGCAAUGAAGGAGAUGCACUUCCAUCCCAAGGCUCUGAAGGAUGUGAAGGGCCAAAUCGGGGCCCCUAUGCCUGGGAAGGUCAUAGACAUCAAGGUGGCAGCAGGAGCCAAGGUGGUUAAGGGCCAACCCCUCUGUGUGCUCAGUGCCAUGAAGAUGGAGACUGUGGUGACUUCCCCCAUGGAUGGCACUAUCCGCAAGGUUCACGUGACCAAGGACAUGACACUGGAAGGCGAUGACCUCAUCCUAGAGAUCGAGUGAUCUUGCUUCAGAGUGGCAGCCUGGCCAACCCUACCCCAAACCUCCCAACAGAAGCUGUGCAGCCAGGGCAGGCCCAGGCCAGCCGGUACCUGAGGACAGGAAGGCCAGGCCCUUGAGGUCCUGUCCCAGGGUACAGCACACACUACCUGCAGUGGUCCAUUCCCUUCCGUCAUUUGUCCUUUCCUUAUGGACAGGCAGUUGCUCAUGUUCUCAUCUCUUGCCAAAUAAGGGGCUGCUCCUAUAGGAGACUACAGGUGUACAGCUGGUGGCCUUGGGACCUGGGGGAGGUGGUUUUAGGGGUUCUACCUCUGGGGGUAGGGGGAAGACCUAAUUCGCAGGUCCUGGGAAAUUUGCUCAAUAAAAGUGGCCUUCCCUUGCCCUCUACACUA